GGCUUGCCGAAGGACACGUGUCUUGAAGAGCACCCGAGCAUUUCCGUUGCGCCAAGACGGGCGCGGGACGGGAGUGCGCUUUCUACGCAGAGCAGUAUUGGCUACGUUUGAAUGAGAAUCCGGUCGCGACCCGGCGCUCUGGCCGAAGGAUCGACCAGCAAUGCGAAGAGCAGAGCGUUUGUACAGCUCGUCGAGUGGAUUGUAUCGUCGCAUUCUGCCUUCGGUGGGAGAGUGGUGGUCAUUUUCUGCCGAAGGAUCAUGAUUGUGAACUUAGCUUCUGAUCGCUGUAGAGCUUCGAAAGACGGAAUCUGGGUAUCUUUGGGCUGGAGGUUUGUCUGACUUUGAAUCUGUGAUAGAAUUCGUCGGAGUUCGUUGAGGAGACUAUUGUUCAUCUACGCCAUGACGAUGGAGGAAGGGCAAGAUGAUGAGCGUCGUCGCCGGCACUCGAAGCCGGUUGCCGACAAGGCUGUUGCGGGCUGGGGUUCGGCCUUGGUCGCUGGUUUCAUCGCUGCCGCCGUGGUAACUUUCUGGUUUGUUGAUUCAGGCUAGAUCCUCGCUGUAAGCCGGAAUCAUCCAUGAAACUUCAUUGACCUUGUUGUAGAGAUGUGUCGGCGCAUCUCCAUCUGCCUGUGUGGCAUCUUGUGAAUGCCGUAGAUACUGUAAUGGAUCAAAAGGAGGUUCUGCAGCCCAGGAGCGUGAUUGGUCAUGUCUCCAAAUUACUCGGAACGUAAUUGUUUCCUGUCUUCUAAAGUAUUGGUGCAGCCUCGCGAAAAAUGUUCAAAGCAUGGUUGCGAAAUAUGACUUUGUGGAUAGUAGCUCACUCUGCAUUUUGUUAUACCUCUUUUAUUAGCCAUUUUUAUGAACAUCUUUGUGCUUGUUAUUAUAUUAUGCAGACAGUUGGAUUAUCAAGCUCUUUGUCUUACGAGCUUUCGUACUGUCCCUAUCCUUCGAACGGAAUAAUUUUAAAAUUACUUAGUGCGGACGGAGUGAAGGAGAUGGGAUGUAUCUAUAGCUGAUAGCGAUUGUGUUUGUUCAUGAUCUUCGCAGUUUGCUAAGUUCUUAGCACGCUCAUUUUUUUGUUAAGGUCCUAAAUAUUGAACCAAGCUUUGAGCAAAGCCAAAGCACUCUCCUUGUUUCUUAUGCCCAGCACAACUCUCACUAUAUUCUGCGCAGAUCGGGAAUGUGCUUUCUCUUCGGCGGCGACUCGCAAAUGUUCACAAGGCAUCUACCCAGGUCAAGGCCUGGUGCAAAUUCGAGGCAAGGUACAAACCCUCAAGGACAUGGUUCUGGCUCCCAGCAGUAUAGGAAAUCAGAACAACAGCAAGCAUGGUCGCACUUUAAGCAGGAUGAAGCGGAAUCCAAACGUAUGUGGGAAGAGCACAUGGAAGAACUGGAACGCAUAAGAAGAAGGCAAGAAGCUUUCGACCGGGAGAGGAUGCGCACGAAGAGAAAUUAUGAGUCCUGGCAAGAACGUCACGGUGACAAAUGGGAGUGGAAAUGGCAUGGCAAUAAGUGGGAAUGGUAGGGUGAAGCUGACGUCGCCGGGCCGCAGAGGGAAGGAAUGAUUGGUGGCGUGAUGCACAAGGUCAGAAGAGUAAGAGUCGAAAAGACUCACCUCCAUAUGUUAGAACUUGCAGCAUUGAUGCAGGUUCAUUUAUUACAGAUGCAUUUGGCGGAAACUGCCAUCUGUUCCUCUUUGUCCUCAUUUUAUAAACCGAAGAGGGCUUUGCCCUGGUGCAGUCUAGAUCAGAAUCUUUCUUCCACCUGUUGACCUCUUCUUUAUGUCUGGAUAGGUGUGGAUGAGGUGGGGAUACUCCCGGUCGGGUUUUCACAACUGCACAAAUGAAGCCCCUCGUUCGUAUUGUAUCUUCCCAAAUUUUAAUGGCUUUUGACGUAUAUUUGUG